UGCGCCGCCGCUGCCAGACAUCCAGGAUGAGGUCCCCAUGGAGAUCUGGCGGAGAUGGGGAAGGAGCCCCGGAGCCCCUAUCUCCCCCCGCCAGUUCGAGGAUGCGGCCCCCCCGUGUUGUGGUAAACCGCUCCCUGCCGCGCUGCCCCACUUUCCCGCUCUGCACCACGUGCUCACACCGUGGAAGCGGCAUAUGCUGGAAGCUGUCCAGCCGGGGCUUAUUGGGAAGUUAGGUUUGCUGCUGGUGCUGUUGAGGAUCCUAUGGAGGUUAAAGGCGGAGCUGCUUCGCGGCCGGCGCAGCGUGGUGGCGGGUGCAACGGCAGUACGAUGAGAACAGAUGUUUCCACAGGCGGUGGUAGCAGCAGCAACAAGGAGUUGUGGGGACGUUGCAUUGGCAGCGGCCCUCUGGCCAUCCGUAAUUUCCCGAACUUUAGCUUAGUUCUGCACCGGCUGCCUCCCCUCUCCGGCCCGCGGAGCUCUACGGAGCAGCGGUGCCUGGGGGCGGCACUGGCGGUUGUGGCCAAGCUCCGAAGUCACGGCUACACGGGCAUGUUCGCGGGGGGCUGGGUACGUGACCAGUUCCUGGGCCGCCCCUCAGCCGACAUAGACCUGGUCACCAAUGCGACCACCGUGCAGAUCUUCGAUGUGUUCGGUCCCCGCCAGUGCCGUCUCAAAGGCGCUUGCCGCGACUUUACCAUCAACGCGCUCUUCUUCGACCCCAAGCUACCACAACCAACAUCACAACCGACAUCACAACCGACAUCACAACCACCAGCAACAUCACAGCACCAGCAACAGCAAUUAUCAACGCCCGCACAGUCACCGCCGGCCGCGCCCGGGCCCAGCGGCAGUGGUGGCAGUAGCGGCGGCAGUAGCGGCGGCAGUGGCAGUUCCUCCCCCAGCAGGCCCCCCCAGCAGCCCCCCGGACUGGUGAAGGACUUCGUGGGCGGUGUGGUGGACCUGCGGACUGGGCAGAUCAGGGUGUUCAGGAACCACGUGCUGUUGGGGUACACCGCAUCGAGCGUGGAGAACGGAGUCACCGGCAACCGGGUGUACCGAGAGCUCUCGAAAAUGAACGAUCUGGAUAAGACCGCCACCGCCAGAUCCACCUACCCCCACCACCACCACCACCAUCACCAUGGGGGUGGGAGUGGGGGUGGUAGCCGGCUGUUUGCGGAUGCUCUCGAGCUAUGCAGGGAAUGGCGGGUGCUGGAGGCGCUGUUCCCAAGGCUGCAACAGGAGCACCUGGAGCGGGUCAUUUCCACCAUCAUUCCCGCCCUCCCCCAGGACCUGCCCCUGGAGCUCAAGCUGUCAUGUCUGGUGGCGGUGGGGCCUGGGGGUGGGGGGGGAGAGGUCAUGCCGUGGAACCUGAUCGAGAAGUACGACCCGGUAGACAAGGUGGAGGCGGCCAUGGAGGCCUUCAUGCCGAGCAGGGACUGGCAGCGCCACCUCAGGAGGCGACUGGCGGAGCACAGAGCCACCCUGGCGCCCCUCAUGGCCACGUAUAGGGCCCGACAGCGAACCGCCGCCACCCCGGGACCGGGGGUGGGGGGACCGGGGGUAGGGGGACCGGCGGUAACCCGGGGUCACGGAGCGGCAGCAGCAGUAGCAGCAGCAGCCGGGAGGGGGGUAGGCGCCGGACCGGCAGGCGCUGUCCUGGGGGCGAUGACGGCGGCGGCAGCAGCUGGGGGCCGGCCGGCGGCAGCGGCUGCCGCGGCGGGUUCGCCCGCGGGUCAGGGAAUGCAACAACGUAACCAGCCGCACCGCCGGUCGCAGCGGCAGCAGCAGUCGCAGCAGCACCCGCAACAACAACAACAACAGCAGGCGCAGCAGUUGCAACAGCAGCAGGGGGCUCUUGGGGGUACUGGGUAA